AUGAUAGGCCCUGCUAUACCGGAAGCUUUACUCAAGAAAAAGCAGAAUCAAGACGAGAUUGAUAUUGCUUUAUCAGACGACGAGCAAGAUCAAGUCGAGCAACAACAAGUUGCUGGCCCUCAGAUACCGCCUAAUUUGCUGCAAGAGAAAAACAGACAAUCUACCAGCACAAAUGAGGAAUCCAUUGGUCCUCAAAUACCUCAGCAUCUGUUGGAGCAAAAGAAAUCAACCAGGAAUAUCGAUGAAAUUGCUAUUUCGGAUCAAGACCAAGACGAAGAAGAACAAGUAGCAGGUCCUCAAAUACCACAGCAUCUCCUCCAGCAAAAGAGAUCGACCACUGUCAAUGCAGACGAAAUUUUCAUUCCUGACAUGGAAGAAGAAGAAGAGCAGACAGCAGGUCCUCAGAUACCUCAGCAUAUUUUGGAUAAAAAGAAAGCUGCUUCAACACUAGAAAAUUACGGUGAUGACGAAGAAGAGGAUCCAGAUGUAUUUGCACCAGCUCUUCCUCCUGAUCUUUUAAAGCAACGUCAAAAGCAACAAUCACCACUACAACAAGAGCAAGAGAAGCAACCUUCAGGUGGCAGAAGACGUAGACCUGUGGGUCCAAGUUUUCCACCUACUGGACCCAUGCCAAUGCCUAGUACGGAUGAUGAUGAUUUCGUUGUGGGCCCUGCAUUGCCAAAGAACUACAAUCCAGAAGAAGAAGCAAAGUACUCUGCAAUCCAGGCCAUUGAGGAGCGCGCCCGUUUAGCAAAAGAAGCCAUGGAGCAGAAAGAGGCAGGCAAAAACAAGGUAGAAAGACCAGAGUGGAUGUUGGUGCCUCCUGAAGUAGAUUAUCUGAAAAAAGCUGGAUCUGGUAAAUCAAGACAAUUUACAAACAAAACUAUGGCGCCUGAAGAUCUCGACUCCAGUGGUUGGACAGAAACGCCUGCUGAAAAGCAACGUCGACUAGAGGAGCAACGCCUAGGAAAGAGAAAAGUAGAUGCUGAUCAAGAUACAGGCCCGUCUCAAUUGGACAUUGAGAGACACCGCAAUGUCCUACAAUACAAUAUGCAAACAAGACCAUUGACAUUGUUGGAAAUGCAUCAACAAAAAAAGAAAAAGGAUAGAAAGACAAACGGGCUCACUGCAGAGGAAGAUGUAACAAAACGUGCUUUUGAUCGUGAAAAGGAUCUUGUGGGUCACAAGCGAAUCAGUAAGAAGGAUAAAGACGAGUUCUUGAGGAAAUCUGCUGAAUUGGGAUCCAAGUUUGGUUAUGGAAAGAGUUCAUUCUUGUAA